AUGGAACUAACUGCUGCAAAGGAAGGUCUUCAGUUCGCAUAUGAUCUUGGCUUUCGUGACAUAGUGUUAGAAAUGGAUGCGCAGGGGGUGGUAGAUAGAAUCAACUCUAAUGAAGAGUGUUUUGAAGCUGAAGGGAAUAUAGUGGAAGAUAUCAAGGAGAUGCAGGGGUGGUUUAGAUCUUUCUCCUGUAAUUGGCAACGACGAGAAGGUAACAAGGUUGCCCAUGAGCUAGCUCAAUUUGGCACUCGGAACGCUGGUUUUUUUCACAUGGAUUGA